UUGGGUAAAUUUAUUUCCUGUUGGGGAACUCAGAAGGUCCUCAUGGAAACCACAACACAACAGGAAAUCCUUAGGCGAAAGAGAAAAAAUACAUGCACUGAGUGUGGGCAAAACUUCAUUCACAGAUCAAGCCUUUCUGUUCAUCUGAGAAUCCACACAGGGGAGAGGCCCUACAAAUGCCCUGAGUGUGGGAAAACCUUCAAUCGCAGUUCGCACCUUAUUAGCCAUCAAACAAUCCACAGAGGGGAACGACCCUACGAAUGCAGUGAGUGCGGGAAAACUUUCAAUCGCAGCUCAAACCUUAUUAGCCAUCAAAGAAUUCACACUGGGGAGAGGCCGUAUAAAUGCUGUGAGUGUGGAAAAUGCUUCACUAAGAGUUCAGCCCUUUCUCAACAUCAGAGAAUCCACACGGGGGAGAGGCCCUAUGAAUGCCGUGAGUGUGGGAAAACCUUCACUUACAGAUCAGGCCUUUCUAGACAUCAGAGAAUCCACACAGGGGACAGGUCCUACGAAUGCAGUGACUGUGGGAAAAGCUUCACUCAAAGAUCAGGCCUUUCUGUUCAUCAGAGAAUCCACACAGAUGAGAGGCCCUAUGAAUGCAGAGAGUGUGGGAAAAACUUCACUCAAAGAUCAGCCCUUUCUGUUCAUCAGAGAAUCCACACGGGGGAAAGGCCCUAUGAAUGCCGUGACUGUGGGAAAAGCUUCACUCAAAUAUCAGCCCUUUAUGUUCAUCAGAGAAUCCACACAGAUGAGAGGCCCUAUGAAUGCAGUGAGUGCGGGAAAAGCUUCACUCACAGCUCAGCCCUUUCUAAACAUCAGAGG